CAGUCAUGUAUAGGAGCGCUUAGUACGAGAUGAAGGGUAACCCCAUAACCACAUUCUGAGACCUACAUACUCUCACGACCUAUGAUAGUAAAUCCUGAUCGGACGUUGAGCGUGAGACAGAAUGAGUAACCCUGUGCCUGAGACGGAGGCCGAGUUAGAAGCCUUCCGUCAGCGAUGGCGGGAGGAAGUUCAGUCACGCAAUAGGAGGCCUGAACGACCGGUGCACAGAGAGCCUAGAGAGCAAAGGCGGAAAGAUGGCCCAUCAUAUUCAGCAUUACAGUCAGUGGCCGGCCCGUCCACGACCAAACGGGCAAACGUGCCGGACUACUCGGAGGAGAUCGAGCCCAAAGCCUACCAUGACCUCCCCGACAAAGAGGAGCAAUUGAGGCUUGGCUUGGGAGGACAGGGCAAUGAUAGAGACAUGUUCAGGGAGCCCAGUACGGCACUUGAACAUUACGAGCGGGCAGUGGAGAAGGAGACGACUGGCCAGCUUGGAGAUAGCAUCAAGCAUUACCGCAAAGCGUUCAAACUUGACGACGGCGUACACGAAGCCUACAAGCGAAAGCACUUCCCGCCAUCUGCCUUCGUAAAGCCCAAAACAGCUAACCCCAACCCAUCGAAUGCCUCUGUGACGGUCCCGAACACCGCCCAUCACUCGCUGCAUGACAGUGUGGGCGGUGGGUUGCCACCUACAUUGAAGCAGCUUGUUGCCGAGUUCUCCUCGUUACGUAUCGAGCCCCCUCCGCCAGCCACUGAUGCCUCGCCACCAGAAAGGUCUCGGUUCGGCGAGCUGCCGGAAGAGAUUCUCAGCCAGAUACUGCUAGAGCUCGCCAUACAGGAUGUCGCAUCAUUCGCACGCCUGGCGCUGGUCUGUAAGCGACUAGCCUUCCUGGUAUUAACCGAAGAAGCUAUCUGGAAGCGCGUAGCCACUGGCGAAGAGGUCGGGUUCGCUGCGAUGCAUUACGACUUUAUCUGCGACAUUGAAGGCUUCCCCCUCGAGGUCAACAACGAGAUAGCACGCUACCUUGGCGACAACAAUAACCCCUCAAGCGAUCUGCCCAUGGUUCUGCCGCCCACGCCAGAAGAGAGACAGCUCGCCUUCUCAGCCCUCACGGAAAAGCUACUCCACACCACCUACGCUUCCUCUUGGCGGCAGCUCUUCCGCCUACGACCCCGACUCCGCUAUAACGGCUGCUACAUCAGCACCGUCAACUACACCCGUCCCGGUGCCAACUCCACCAACACUCUCUCCUGGGGCGCACCCGUGCACGUGGUGACCUAUUACCGCUACCUGCGCUUCUUCCGCGACGGCUCCGCAAUCAGCCUCCUGACGACUUCGGAGCCGGCAGACGUCGUCCAUCAUCUGACGAAAGCGAAUUUACACGACCACCAUCGAAGCGACAGCAUGCUGCCCAGCGCCGUCAUGAAGGAUGCUUUACGCGGCCGCUGGCGACUCUCAGGUCCCUUCAGCAGCGUCAAGGAUCCCGCGAGUGGCGAGCCGGAGUUUGAGGGGGAUGUGCAUGUUGAGACAGAAGGCGUGGUGCCAAAGUAUAAUUAUCGGCUGCUGCUUGCGCUGUCGCACGCGGGUAAGGCUGCGCGGAACAACAAGCUGGCGUGGAAAGGCUUUUGGUCGUACAAUAAGCUGACCGACGACUGGGGUGAGUUUGGGUUGAAGAACGAUCGGGCGUUCUACUGGAGCCGUGUCAGAAGCUUUGGGACGGGCUACUAACCCUGCGGACAUUGAGCAUGCUCGAGUGUGUGUUUGUAGCGAGCAUGCAUUGGGCGCGUUGGGACAUUGCUCACAUCACUAGAAGACUCCAUCUGUCCGCCACUGCUCUCCGAAUUCGCAGUCUGCUGGCACCCUGACCUCAGUAUCGUAAGGAGUCUGACAUUC